AUGUCAGCUUCUGCAAAGCCUAGACAACCUCGCCUGAGGGCUUCUUGCGAUGGUUGCUUCCUCGCCAAGGUCAAAUGCUCCAAGGCAAGGCCUAUAUGCUCUCGUUGCCUGGCAUGCGGCAUCGAGUGCCGUUACUCGCCUUCCACAAGAGCAGGCAAGCCCAAGUCAGACCAUAACUUGAAUCAACACCAGAACCCAUCCACAAACGAUAUCUCUGGCCUUUCCCCUGUUGGUGAUGACAAGGCAAUGAUGUUUACUACACAUGUGCAUGGUCCUGGCCUGUAUAGGAUAGACACAGGUUGGAACACGCCACCAGGUGUCAUGAAUGGUCUCACCCCAUUACUCGGGGUUGAUGAGAGAGCUGCGAGGGAGGCGGAAAUGAUGGCAGCGGCAAGUGCAACAGAUAUCUACACCACCAGUAUGCCCUGGACGCCGCCCAACGACCUUAACCCAACCACGCAUUUUGGCGACACUCCCGCCAUGGUAGCACCGAUACCCCAAAACCACCAUGCUAGGUCACAAUCUUUCGACAUUACGAUGCCUGCGAACAUGUCACAGUGGACAGACCAUCAGUCAACGCAUGACAUGUUUGGUUAUGGCCAAACCCACAUCCCCACGCCAGCGAGCAUGGCAAACUACUUCCCGAGCCCAUCCUCGACGCCUACACUUAGGCCACAGGUUCGCGCCAAGGCAGCAUCUACAAACUCGAUCAACACAAGCGGCAACGGCAACACACCCUGUGGAUGCUUUACAGGAUGCCUGCAAUCGUUGCAGGCACUACACAACGCCUCCUCGCCGUCAUCCCCACCUUUUGAUAUGGUCUUGGCUCUGAACCGCAAGGCGGUGGACGCCUGUGCGACAAUUAUGGCCUGCACCAACUGCAUGAGCCGUUCUGGGACCCACACGGCUGCCAUGCUCAUCGCAACAGUCAUGGGCAAGAUAACCGCAGGCUACAAGAGCGCGGCUCAGAACUACUUUGACAGCAGCAGCCCUACCAACAUUAUGGCCACCACUGGGAGCGGUGGCAGCAAUGGUACAUCAGCCAGCACCAGCCCGGUAGCACUCAGUAUCAACGGUAUGGGCAGCAACCUAGGAAACCUGGGUGGGUGUUUGGGAGUUAGUCUCGGAGCGUAUCAAGUCAAUGCCGAGGAUGGGAGAUGGCUCGAGCUUGAAAUAUUGGCGAGGGAACUGCGAAAACUGGAAGAGGUCUAUUCCCGAUUCCGGGAUGUUUCAGCGGACUUGUCAGAGGAUCCCGAGGUCUCGAGGGUGAUGAUUUCAUAUCUUGGCCAAACUUUGGGGUCAACAGUCGAGGUGGUAGUAAACCAACGAAAGGAUAAUAUGGGCUUUGUAUAG